GCGGCCGCCAAGCGGCCCGGGAUCCGCCGGGCGGCCAGAGACGCGGCGCGAACCACAUGCGAGCGGGCGUCUGGCAGCGGCGGCAGUGGGGCGAUCGGUACGACGCAGACGGCCAGCGGCCCGAGCAGCGGCGACAAGAGCCGCUACUGCAGUUAGAGCGGGGGCAGCCGGAACCUCAGCAGCAGCAGCAGCCGCGGCCAGCGGCGUUCGGCGGGCGCGCCCUCCUGAAGGAAGCGGCCCGUCCCCGCUCGCUGCCCCCUCCGGCGCGUUCAUGCCCCCGGGGUGAGGGCUCCAGGGAGCGCCAUGGCCCGUGCACGCCAGGAGGGCAGCUCUCCGGAGCCCGUAGAGGGCCUGGCCCGCGACGGCCCUCGCCCCUUCCCCCUUGGCCGCCUGGUGCCCUCAGCUGUGUCCUGCGGUCUCUGCGAGCCCGGCCUUCCGGCCGCCCCUGCCACCCCUGCCCUGCUGCCCGCGGCCUACCUCUGCGCCCCGACGGCCCCACCCGCCCUCACAGCUGCUCUGGGGGGCCCCCGCUGGCCUAGGGGGCCUCGCAGCCGGCCCCGAGGCCCGCGCCCUGACGGUCCUCAGCCACCUCUCUCAGCGGCCGAGCAGCACCUAGAGUCGCCCGUGCCCAGCGCCCCGGAGGCCCUGGCGGGCGGUCCCACCCAGGCAGCCCCUGGAGUCCGGGGGGAGGAGGAGCAGUGGGCCCGGGAGAUCGGGGCGCAGCUGCGGCGGAUGGCGGACGACCUCAACGCGCAGUACGAGCGGAGGAGACAAGAGGAGCAGCAGCGACACCGCCCGUCCCCCUGGAGGGUCCUGUACAAUCUCAUCAUGGGACUCCUGCCCUUACCCAGGGCCCACGGAGUCCCUGAAAUGGAGCCCAAUUAGGUGCCUGCAUCAGCCCGGUGGACGUCGGGGACCUGGGGGGCAGGACCCUCCCGCCUCCUGACACCCUGGCCAGCGCGGGGGACUUUUUCUGCACCAUGUAGCAUACUGGACUAGCAGCCCUGCCUGUUCUGGGGCGGCCCAGGGCAGCUGCCCUGGCCUGGCUCUGCUCCAGUGCCCCGAUGGACUUGUGCCCGGAAGGAGGGUCGAAGGACUUGGCAUCUGAAGGCGGCGGUGACCCCAAGGGGUGGGGACUGAGCCGCUGCCGCCGCCACCACUACCACCCCUUCCUUCUCCUCUUCCUCCUCCUCCUCCUCUUCCUCUUCCUCCUCGGUGUCCACCACCAUCUCAGGAAAGGCUGCUGGUGCUGGCUGCCCGUUCCAGCUGCAGGGGGGACGCUGAGGGAGGGGUCCCCGGUGCUCCUUCACUUUGGGCCUGGCCUCAGGCCCCUGGUGCUUCCCCCCCUCCUCCUGGGGAGGGGGCCCGUGAAGAACAAAUGAGCCAAAUGUGACCCCUGGCCUCCUGGAGCCAGAGCGGGGAGCUGAUGGUUUCCCCAUGCUGGCGCCCAGCCUUGCUGGAGCUGGCUGGCAGGUGGUGGGCUCGCCUGCCUCACCUUCACCCUGGGGUGGCCAGGAGGGGUCCAGACUGUGAAUCCUGUGCGCUGCCCGUGACCACGCCCCGUCCCCAUCAGUCUCAUCUCAUAGGUUUAGAGAGAGCACGUGUGACCACUGGCAUUCAUUUGGGGGGUGGGAGAUUUUGGCGGAAGCUGCCCCAGCCUUAGUCCCCAGGGCGAAGUGCUGGGCUGGAGGGAAGACACGGGGUGUCAGGGAGGGGGGAAUCUCAGCGGAGGGAGGAGUCUGGGAGCGGGGAGGGGUGGCCCAGCCUGUAAAAUACUGUACAUGCGCUGCUGUAGAUACCGGAAUGAAUUUUCUGUACAUGUUUGGUUAAUUUUUUUUGUACAUGAUUUUUGUAUGUUUCCUUUUCAAUAAAAUCAGAUUGGAACAGUG